CCCACUGGACUAGUCACUAAAGCAGACUUCCAUUCCUCUAGAACUCCUAUAAAAUUCAACCUGGGCACCAAACCACACAAACUCCAAAACCAUUGCUCUCCUCACAACUCGUACUCUCCCCCUUCCCCUGCAAAGAUCGGUUGUUGAGGCGUCGGGGUAAGGAGAUCGAGAUCAAACUAUACAAAAGAGCUAGCGCGCGUCAUGGCCGGGAGCGCGAGGUCCGCGGCCGCGAAGCACGGGUACGGCCGGAUGUUCGCGCCGACCUGGGGCUCCGCGGCGGCGCGGGGCGGCGCGGCGGAAGAGUUCGACGAGUCCGACGUGUGGGGCUCGUUCGGCUCCGCGGCCGAUUACAGCCCCGCCGAUCUCGCCCGGGCGGCGGCGGCUCGCCCGAUCCCGCAGCCCGUCCUCGUCCGCGCCGGCGCCGGUUCCGGCAGGAAGAACCCGCAGCUGGAUCGCCCCGCCGUGCGCGGGUCGCUGCCGAUGAGCAUACCGGACUGGCAGAAGAUUCUCGGGGUGGAAUACAGAGAUCACUACCGCGCGGGCGAGUGGGAGGUCAACGGCGGCGACGACGACGACUACGGCAAGGUGAUGAUACCGCCGCAUGAGCUCGCGUGGCGCAGCCGGGCGGCGUCGAUGUCGGUGCACGAGGGGAUCGGCAGGACGCUCAAGGGGCGGGACCUCAGCCGGGUGCGCGACGCGGUCUGGAAGAAGACCGGCUUUGAGGACUGAUCAGAGAGCAGAGCAGGCUAGUUCGCCGGGUGGUUCAGUAAACAGUAGGGCUCGAAACGAGAGCAUUACUGAUUGCUUCUCAUGUUUUGAUCCUCCCCUUCCCCUUUGGGGUAAGCUGCCGGGACAUGCGAGACGGACGGAAGGAGAUCGAGCGGGGGUGGCUGUUCUUUCACCAUGUGACAAUUUUAAUGGCACCUGUAGAAAAGGUUUCGGAUUGGUUGAUCAGUUUAAUUAAGUAGUCGCAUGUAUCGUUCACCCUUUUUGUAGCAGAUGUACUGCUGUUUUUCUUCGUUUGUUGCGAAGUUGCAGAACAGAGAAGGAAAUGCUUUGCCUUUGCUAA